CUCGUGUUCAACUGCCUUGAUUUGACAUGGAUCCCUCCUCGUCACAAACCCAAUGGCAUCCUCGAAACAACAGUGCAAUCUUUGUCCAUGCCUUGCACCUCCUUAACCUCGACCUCCUCUCAGACUGGCCCAACAUCUCCGAAUCGAUAUUCCUUCCUCCCACAAAAGCCUCCACCAAUACAAGCACAACACCAGCCCUACCCCAGAACCGCACAAAAUCCUUAGAAUGGGCACUCUACCACCUAUUCCGCCUUUAUUCCCCCUCCGAGGCGGCCUCGAGACUCUCGUCGUGCUUUCCUCCUGCAACGCCGAUCCAGUCGAGGGAUUUGAGAGCUGGGUUAUACAAAUGGCUUACGGAGUUGAAGCAGAGCGGCGCGUUGCCGAGAGAAACGGUGCUACGAAAGACAAUGCUGGAUGAAUGCAAAGGUGACAAGUUUGAGGAAUUGAUUGCGAGGUUUGCAAUGCUUGUGGUCAGGAAAACGAUGGCGCAGGACCAGAGCGGAGUCAACAACAGACAAGUCAACCAGAACACACAUGCUGUUGCGCGCCCGAACAGGAGCACCGCGGCAGGCACGCACCAAGAUGCGGACUCCUUGGUACCCUUGAUUCUUGCCCAUCGUGUCUCUCUGCAGCGCUCGCUCCGCAAACGCCAGGAACUCGACGAGAAGGCGACAGCUUAUACGCGAAUGUUAGCACAGAUACGGAAGGACGUUACAAGCGGUUUGCACGACAUAUCCCUGCACAAGUCCGCCCCAGAUGACACCGAGAACGUUCUAUCUGCAACGGAGUACAAGCUGCUCAGUGAACGGAUUAAUCUUGCAUUCGCAGGUGAUCGUCGCUGGGCAAGGUAUAUCUUCGAGGGCGUCCCACCUUCGACAAAUCCAGCUUCUGCCCGAGACCUCCCAGAAUGGCCUUUUGGAGAACCCUGCCAGUCUGCACCCGACAACAGGGGCAUCGUACCGUUGGCGGCCAGGGUGGCCGAUGCAGAAGACGACCCCGAUCAGCCAAUGCGCCAACUGCAAUCUUUGGUGUCUCAACAUCAGGCACGAAUCGCGCGUCUCACAGCCAUACGCCAUUCUCUACUCUCCGCCUCUGGAACAACAAACGAGAUGGGACAGACAGCGAGCUUGCCUACGCCGUACUCUGCAGAGACAAUCUUGGGAAAAGCUGAAUCUCAUCCCCACGCGAGCAACUUUUCGAAUCGCCCAAAGCCGCAGUUCAACCGGCACCAAGAUCUUGUAUUGACUUGACGGGCUUGUCCUCACAGAGGGUGAGAUUGCCACUACACCGACCGACUUCCCAGCUAUCACUCAUCUCGUUUGUUGCUAACUCAGGACGUGUCCUUUGAGCAAUAAACACAGCGUUGCCAACUUUUAAGAAUUAAGACUGGACUCUACGCCAGUCCAACCAGCCAUGGCUCCGCCAUGCCAGUCUCCCCUCUGACUUUGAAGCUACGUUACAUCCCAUCACGCGAUAUAGUAAAUGCACACAAAAUGUGGAAAUCGUUCAAUUGGGGAUUUAUCGUUGGGGGUAUCAUGUCUGACACGUCUCAAGAAAGGAAAAGAGAUGGCACUGAAGGCAAUAUGAACAAGAAAAGCGAAAGGGGCAGGGACUGACCUCUCUGCCUCCCUUCGCUCCGCAAACACCCCGGAAUGUUGUGAGCUGCCCGUGCACCUGUCAGUUCUCCGUCUGGCUGGUUUCGAGGGUUCUCGUCGGGCAAGACUCUUGCUCACAACAUCUCUCGACCUUGGCGUUGCAGUCGCACAACGUUCCGACUCUCCAAUGAAUCUAGACCGAUCCAGCAGCCGAGAUCUCGCACCAGUCCUCGCACUCUGUCUCGUAGCCAUCUUGGAUCUCGACCUCCCACUUGGCUUCCAGAAGCGAAUCGCACUACGACCAAGCUCCUAGACCAGAGGUUGUCCUUCCAUCGCCUCUGUCCCAGUCCCUCGACUCCUUCAACGCAUCUCUAUCGAGCAGCCCGUCGUCGAAGUAUCCCUCAUCCACAUCCCCGUUAUUCUGGUAAUCUUCAACUUCAACCUCAAUCCGACUCCCCAAAGCUGCCUGCCCUUCCUUUAUCAUCGCUUGCAAUUGCAUGUUAAAACGAUUCAUCGUGGCAUCUUGCUUGGCUUCUUUCCGACGAAGUUUCUGUUCGAAUUUGCGGAUCUCGGGAGACUGCUUCGGUGAUGUGGUGACUGAAGCAGAUGACAGCCGCCGAGAGGUGGAGAGCGAGGCUCUGUGGACGCUGGAAAUACCACUUGGGCGCUUUGAAGGUUUGUCUGAAUUGUGGUGCUGGUCGAUGGUGGAAGGUGCGGGAAUAGAGAUCCACGAUUGCUGCUGUGCUGAGCCGAUGGUGCUGGUGCUGGCGCACAUUGAUACCCGCGGCGACGCAUAUGAAGCUGACGACCUUGUCGUCGAUGAUCGAGGUGUUAAGCGAGGACGAGAUACAGGGUGACUUGAGUGUCGGGGAGCCGACGACGGGCGGGAUGCAUGAAGAUUUGCCGUGCUUGCUCGCGAUUUCUUGCGGACAGGACUAGAUUCCGUUGAGGGCGACAGGGGGUUGGCAUCAUCAACGACUACCCAGCUGUUGUAGCGGGAGAUUGAUGGAGAAUCUUGAUCUGGUAUGAUGGUCGGGGUUACAUUGUUCUCCUGCCUGGGUUGAACAGACAGUCUAGACAUGUAGUCCUCGAUGAAUUCGGGAGUGUCUCCAGGGAAUCCACCUGGAACCGGGGUCCGCUCUCGGUCAAAUCGUCUCGAGUCGCCAACAGUGUCAUUAUUA